AUGUCAGCUGAAACCAUUUCUGAACAGGUUGCGCAUGCGCACCCCCCUGUGCCUGGUAACUUGUCUGAGUGCCCACCUUCCACUUCCACACAUAACGCGGACUCAACGCUCACAAGCAUGGUCACACCAGAUGAUGUCAUGCGCCACUAUGAGAAACACUUCGGUCUGAAUGCAAAGCAGAAGAACUGCUUCCGGAUUAUCUGUCAGUGGUUCGUCAACAAACACAUCCUGAAAAACAACAAUCAGCCGCCAUUGUCUAUGGUGAUGACCGGCCCUGGUGGAACAGGCAAGAUGUACGUCAUCAAUGCAGUCAAAGCUGUGAUGUCACACUACAGAUGUGAUCACCAGAUUAGAUACCUUGCACCCACUGGUUCAGCGGCAUCACUCAUCAACGGAAUGACAAUUCACAAAGGAUUGGGUAUC